GCAGACCCCGAUGCUCCUCCUCUGGGCUGCCGCGGCGGAGGCAUGAGCCGACGGGGACUCGCCGGACCUGCCAGCCAUGGACGCCGCCGCGCGCCCGGCCAUCGUCAUCGACAAUGGCACAGGAGUGGACAGCAGUUAUUUGCUUCCAGCAAGUUAAGUUGUAUAGCAAACUUGGAUUUUCUGGUAACUCUGAGCCGUCUUUCACCAUCCCUACUGUAGUAGCUGUGAAUGAAUCUUUUCUAGAUCAGUCAGAGCUGUUGAGUAGUGCAAACUGGAUAGCACAGUAUAAUGCAGGUGUCAUGGCUGAUCUUGAUUUUUUUAUUGGAGACGAAGCUCUAUCGCGUUUUAGGUCUAGUGGGCUGUACAGUUUAAAAAGUCCAAUUCAUCAUGGUCAGGUUGAUGACUGGGAUACAAUGGAGAGAUUUUGGCAGCAAUGCAUGUUCAAUUAUCUACGGUGCAAUCCCGAAGAACACUAUUUCCUUCUUACAGAUAGUCCUGUCUGUACACCUGAAAGUCGUGAAUGUACAGGAGAAAUAAUGUUUGAGACCUUCAAUGUCCCUGGUCUAUAUAUUUCCGUUCAGUCUGUCCUCAGUCUUUCUGCUGGAUACGCCUACCUGAAAAGUCUUUCUGAUGAGAAUUCGGAUUCUACAUCUGAUAUGACAGGUGUAGUAGUUGAUAUUGGGGAUGGAGCUCCACACAUUGUGCCAGUUGUAAAUGGCUAUGUAAUUGGGAGUAGCAUAAAGUCUUUUCCUUUCUCCGGGAGUGAUGUAACUCAGUUUGUUUCGCAGAUUUUACAGGAAAGAGGUGAGCUUCUGCCACCUGAGGAUUCUCUAGAUAUAGCUCGUAAGGUGAAAGAAAUGUAUUGCUAUACUUCUUCAGACAUUGUCAAGGAGUUCAAGAAGCAUGACAAGAAGCCUGAUAAGUACAUCAAACAAUGGUCCGCUAUUAAACCAAAGACUGGGGUUCCAUAUACAAUUGACAUUGGAUAUGAGCGAUUUCUUGGACCAGAGAUCUUCUUCAAUCCUGAGAUUUACUCCACCGACUUCUCCACUCCUUUACCUGAACUGAUUGAUAGCUGUGUUCAAUCUGCACCAAUUGACACAAGGAGAGCUUUGUAUAAGAAUAUAGUAUUAUCUGGUGGGUCUACCAUGUUUAAAGACUUCCACAAGAGACUCCAAAAUGAUAUAAAGAAAAUAGUAGAUGAUCGUGUUGCUGCAACUAACGCCCGCCAUCGUGUGGAAGUUAGACCUGUUGAAGUCAACGUGGUAGCCCAUCCUAUACAAAGUUAUGCAGUUUGGUUCGGGGGUUCAGUAGCUGCAUCUAACCCUGAAUUUUUUGAGUAUUGCCACACAAAGGAAGAAUACGAGGAACAUGGAGCGAGCAUCUGCAGAACAAGCCCAGUUUUCAAAGGAAUGUACUGAAUAUUCUACACAUCCAAUCUUCCAGUAGGAGCUCAUUUAGGUUUCUCCAGAUAGAGUAUAGUCAAUUUUGAUUCUUUUUGGCCCAUUCCAACAGUUAUUGGUAGCGCUGUUUGUAGUUCUGUUCUGUAUCGCUUGUUGUGUAUAGCCAACAAUUCGGUUCCUGUUCAAGGUGCAUGAUUGUAGCCAAAACCUUGGACAGUUGGGAAGAAAUAUUGGUUUUUCUGUUCCAUUAGUUUGUCAAGACAGAUUUAUGAAUCUCUUGCUAAUAAGAAGUCAGGUUAAAUUUAGAACUGUUUCCAGGACACUAUAUAUGUGGACUAGAGAAAAUGUCCGUGGAUGAUCUUGAAUUGUGGCAAAGCAUCCUUAUUCUCAAUUACAAAAAGGUAUGGUGAAACAUAUAAGAAAGAAUAUCCAGGUUGCUUAUGUAUGGUACACCAGGGAAGUUUUGAUGUAUGACUAUGCAAAGGCUACAAAUAACGACUUGAUUUGAAGUUCA